GGACGCCGAAGUUUUUGAACCGUUUUGAGCGGUGAAGUCGGUGCAGAAGGACACCAUGAGCAAACGUGAGGACUCAUGGGAGAGGCUAGACACUGAGUUUGACUAUUUUCUUCUGGACAUGAAGCCAUAUGUCCUUAAACACCCCAACAAGACAGAGCGCCAGCGAUGCGCCAUCUGGAUAAAGAAGCUGUGUGAUCCGGCCACAUGUGGUUCGGGUCUGAUAGGUCGCAAGAACCGCAAUAUGUAUGCCCGUUUGCUCCUUCACAUGCUCAAAAGAGGGGUCCUGGAGGGGCCAUUUACCAGCAAACCAGAGCCUGGUAGCCUCAAAACGCUCCCCACCUAUAUGUCCAUCUACUUUGACGAGCCACUGGUUGGUCCAUCUGUGGAGCACAGCAAUGCAGGUCUGCCUGACUGGGUGGCAGGAGAGCUGGGUGGCUAUGCUGAUGACAGUUUGACUAUCGGCCUUCGUAAAGAGAGAAUCAGUUCAACACCUGUUGCAACUUAUCACAGGAGAAGGCUGUAUGAGGAGAAGACCCCACCACGACCCACAGCCUCCAGUCCACUCAAACCUUCACCCAGACAUGACGCCAGAAGGGUGGAGGGGGGGCUGAAGGCAGAUAUGUCUCCCGAUGACAGUGACCUGGAGGCUCGUCUCAACAGCUGGAACCUGGGGAUUGAAAACCCCAGGUAUUUGCGAGAGAAACCCAUUCCCUUGUCUCCGAUUUUCAAGUCGAGCAUUGGAAGGAACAGCACCAUGGCUGACGAUCAGGGCCCACCGUGUGUACAGAGCAAGGAGAUUGAGAUGAAGAUUAAAGUACUGGAGUCCAAGCACCAGGAGGAGAAACUAAAGAUGCAGCAGAGACAUGAUGCAGAUGUUGAGAAAAUUCUGAACCGAAAGAAUGGUGAGAUUGAGGAGAUGAAGAGCAUGUACCGGGCCAAGCAAAAGGAAUCGGAUGAGAUGAUCCGUAAGCUGGAGAAGAAAGUUCAAAGUCUGCUGCGGGAAUCCCAGGUCAUCUGCGAGAGCAAAGAGAAGCAGAUUGCUGAGCUGAAGAAGAUGUCGGAUCAGAGCGCCGACUCCCUGAAAAACGAGUGGGAGAAGAAGCUGCAUGCUGCUGUGACAGAGAUGGAGCAGGAGAAGAUUGAAUUGCAGAAGAAACACACCGAGAACAUCCAAGAGCUGCUGGAGGACACCAACCUUAGACUGGCCAGGAUGGAGACUGAGUAUAAUGCUCGAUCACAGGCUACUGAGCAAACGGUGCGUGAGCUGGAGCUACGGGUGAAACAGCAGUCAGUGGAGGUGGAAAAGGGCAACGCACUGCGUCAGAAGGUGACACAGGAGAAGGCCCAGUUGGAGAUACACAUUGCAUCAAUCAGCACUGAACUUCAGGAGGCCAACAGAAGGACCACAGUGCUGCAAAAGGAGAAGGAGCAGCAGGGUGAGCAGUACGAGCAGACCGUGAAGAAGCUCCAAGCCAAACAUGAGACUGACCUGAGCCACUUACAUCAGGAACAUGCUCUGUCUGCUGCUAAGGCCUCUGAGGUUAUAGAAGACUUGGAGAAAACUGUAGCUCAUCUCAAACAGCAGCUGCAGGACAGUGAACAUCGAAGACACCAGCAAGUCAGGGAUCAAGAGAUGAAGUUUCAACAAGAAAAAGAUGAACUACAGAUCAACUGUGAGAGAAAGCUUUUAGCAAUCCACAGCGAGGUGGAGAAGGAGAAAUCAGAGGCUAAGAGGAAGAUAGCCAAACUAGAAGAUGCACUCAGGGAGAUGGAGAGCCAGUUGGACAGAGCCAGGGAGAGCCAAAGGCAGCAGAUCCAGCAGGCAGAUAUGGCACUGGAGCAGUUCAAGAAACAGGUGGAGCUCAGCUCUGAGAAGGCCUAUGCUGACAUGAAACUCCAGAUGGAGAAGGUAGAGGAGGACCUGAUCCGCUCCAAGUCCCUCAGGGAGAGCCAGGCCAAAGAGUUCUCCCAGCAACUUGAUGCACUCAGACACAAAUAUGAGCAGCAGAUGGCUGAGCAGCGCUUGCAGCACGAGCAGGAGAGGACGCGGCUACAGCAGCAGCACAGCGCGGAAAAGGACAGCCUGGUCCAGGAGCGCCAGCGGGAGGUGAGCAGCCUGGAGAGGCAGGCCAGGGCCGCCUUGCAACAGCACCAACAGCACACCCAGGAGUGGAGGAAGCGCGAUGCCCAGACAAUUUCAGAUUUGGAAGCCCAGUUGUCAAGUCUACGCGAGGAACUCCAGGGGGCCCACACCCAGCAUAAGCAACAGCUGGCAGAGCUGGCAUUGCUCCGUGAGGAGGAAAAGCAAAGGGCUUUCCUGGAUAAGGAGGCAUCCCUGUCCCGGCUCCGCUCUGACAUGGAACGCAUCCGCAGCGACCUUGAGAGAAGCCACCAGCAGGAGAGGGACGCUGCUCUGGAAAAGACCAACAGCAGGUUGAAGCAGAUUGAGAAGGAGUACAGUCAGAAGCUCACCAAGUCUGCCCAGCUAAUUGCGGAACUACAGACAUCUGCGUUCGAUGCAAAGGAGGAGGCUGUUCGACUGCAGCAGGCAGUGGACAGGCAGUUAGCAGAGGCCAAUGCUCGAUGGGAUGAAGAGAGGAGGACGAUAACUCACCAUGCCGAUCAGGCCAACAAGGCUCUGCAGGAAAAGGUGGAGAGUCUGCAGAGGCAGCUGCACUGCUCAGAGAAGAAGCUGCUUAGCAAAGAGCUUGAGACUGAAGAGAAGGUGACUGUGGUGCGUCAGGAGUACGAGGAGAGGAUCAAAGGUCUGAUGCCAGCUGAACUCCGACAGGAACUGGAGGACACCAUAACCUCUCUGAAAGCUCAGAUUAACUUCCUUCAGAAGAGAGCAUCUUUGCUACAGGAAGACCUGGAUGCCUGUCGCAGCAGGAGGUAACUAUGGGAGAACCUCAGCCUGACCCUACGCCGGGACAUGAAGGAUAAGACAUCCAAUCAGAUGUGAGCAUUAUUGACUGUAUUUUACAGUAGUAUUUUACACACCUCUCAUGCCACUGGACCAGUCAUCUUUCAUCGCCAUGUGCAGUUUCUUCCCAUGGUUUUAACAUAUUAGCUAUUUAUUGAUUGUCAGAUUUUAGUUUUUGCUUUGUCUUGUUGAAAGAGAAGUAUUUUUGUGUCCUCAGCUGGUGACAUUGUUCAGUUUAACAUUUUUUUGAUACCAUGAACUUGAUAUUGUUAUUGAUAUUUAAUCGACAUUUAAUAUCAUUUGCCAUAUCCACUCCAAAAUGCGUUAUUUUAAUAAAA